AUGACGUACGAGGGAGCCAUCGGCAUCGAUCUCGGCACAACUUACUCGUGCGUUGGUGUUUGGCAGAACGAGCGCGUGGAGAUCAUUGCGAACGAUCAGGGCAACCGCACAACGCCGUCGUACGUGGCGUUCACCGACACGGAGCGUCUGAUCGGUGAUGCCGCGAAGAACCAGGUUGCGAUGAACCCGACGAACACCGUCUUCGACGCGAAGCGCCUCAUUGGGCGGAAGUUCAGCGACCCCGUUGUGCAGUCGGACAUGAAGCACUGGCCCUUCAAGGUCAUCACGAAGGGCGACGACAAGCCGGUGAUCCAGGUGCAGUUCCGCGGCGAGACAAAGACGUUCAACCCGGAGGAGGUGAGCUCGAUGGUGCUGUCAAAGAUGAAGGAGAUUGCGGAGUCGUACCUGGGCAAGCAGGUGAAGAAGGCCGUGGUGACUGUGCCCGCGUACUUCAACGACUCCCAGCGGCAGGCGACGAAGGAUGCCGGCACGAUCGCGGGGAUGGAGGUGCUGCGCAUCAUCAAUGAGCCGACAGCUGCCGCCAUUGCGUAUGGCCUGGACAAAGUGGAGGACGGCAAGGAGCGCAAUGUGCUCAUCUUUGACCUUGGCGGCGGCACGUUUGAUGUCACGCUGCUGACGAUCGACGGUGGCAUCUUUGAGGUGAAGGCGACGAACGGCGACACGCACCUGGGCGGCGAGGACUUUGACAACCGCCUCGUGUCGCACUUCACGGACGAGUUCAAGCGCAAGAACAAGGGCAAGGACCUGACGACAAGCCAGCGCGCCCUCCGCCGCCUCCGCACCGCCUGCGAGCGCGCCAAGCGCACGCUGUCGUCCGCGGCACAGGCGACGAUUGAGAUCGACGCGCUGUUCGACAACGUGGACUUCCAGGCAACCAUCACUCGCGCCCGCUUCGAGGAGCUCUGCGGCGACCUCUUCCGAGGGACGCUGCAGCCGGUGGAGCGUGUGCUCCAGGACGCCAAGAUGGACAAGCGUGCCGUGCACGACGUGGUGCUCGUCGGCGGCUCCACCCGCAUUCCAAAGGUGAUGCAGCUGGUGUCUGACUUUUUCGGUGGCAAGGAACUGAACAAGAGCAUCAACCCUGAUGA